AGACCGCAGCAGAGCAUAGCAUGCGUAUCCAGGAAGUGUAAGUAUAAGGUCUGACUUGUUAUUUUUUCCCUUUCCUACAGUUUCUUUGGAGAAGAAAAGCCUUAAAAUGGCAGGCAAAGGAAGUAAUACAGACUGCAUGUCAUGCAGUGUACUGAACUGGGAGCAGGUCAGCCGUCUGCAUGAGGUUCUUACAGAGGUGGUUCCAAUCCAUGGACGAGGUAACUUCCCAACACUGAAGAUAACUCUGAAGGACAUUGUUCAGACUGUUCGGAGUAGGCUAGGUGAGGCAGGCAUUGUGGUACAUGACGUCCGUCUGAAUGGCUCUGCAGCUGGUCAUGUUCUGGUCAAGGAUAAUGGACUGGGAUGCAAGGACCUGGAUCUCAUUUUUCAAGUUUCUCUUCCAAGUGAGGCAGAGUUUCAGUUAGUUCGAGAUGUGGUGUUGCGAUCUCUCUUGAAUUUCUUACCGGAAGGAGUAAACAAGCUAAAAAUCAGUCCAGUAACACUGAAAGAAGCCUACAUCCAGAAGCUAGUGAAAGUAUGCACAGAGUCUGACCGCUGGAGCUUGAUAUCGCUUUCCAACAAACAUGGUAGAAAUGUGGAGUUGAAGUUUGUAGACUGUAUAAGACGGCAGUUUGAGUUCAGUGUGGACUCUUUCCAAAUCAUACUGGACUCCCUGCUCUUCUACUAUGACUACUCAGAAAACCCCAUGUCAGAGCACUUCCAUCCAACUGUGAUUGGGGAGAGUAUGUAUGGAGACUUUGAAGCAGCUUUUGAUCACCUCCAGAACAAACUGAUAGCUACCAAAAAUCCUGAGGAGAUCCGAGGUGGUGGGCUUCUAAAGUAUAGUAACCUCUUGGUACGAGACUUCAGGCCCAUGGAUAAAGAUGAGAUCAAAACAUUAGAGCGCUACAUGUGCUCCCGAUUCUUCAUUGACUUCCCAGAUAUCCUGGAUCAACAGCGCAAACUAGAGACCUACCUCCAGAACCACUUCUCCAAAGAAGAGAGGAGCAAAUAUGACUACCUCAUGAUUCUACGCAGAGUGGUGAAUGAGAGCACAGUGUGUCUCAUGGGACAUGAGCGAAGGCAGACUCUCAACUUGAUUUCUCUGCUAGCACUCAAAGUUCUGGCAGAACAAAACAUCAUCCCUAAUGCCACUAAUGUUACCUGUUAUUACCAGCCAGCACCUUAUGUUAGUGAUGUAAACUUCAGCAACUACUAUCUUGCAAAUGCUCCUGUUCCAUAUAGCCAGUCCUACCCCACUUGGUUGCCUUGCAAUUGAGCAUUUCCCUUGAGAGCUCUUAAAUGGAGGCUACUGAAAGUCAAGAUGCUGAGUAUUCAUAGAUAAGUAAUAACUAUCAAUAGGGGGGUUUCUAAUGGGAAUGUAGGACUUGCUUUGGACUGUAUUUCCUGGUAUGUAGUAGGAAAAUGCAACCAGGUAAUCUGUAAGAGCCUUUCAGUAUGUAUCUGCAAAUGCCAAGAAGCCUUAUUGCCUCUUCACUGGGAAAAGAGAACCAGUAGCUGAAUGUUAGAGGAGCAGUUAUGGAACUUGCUAUUCAUCCUGGAAACAGCUAUUAAACAUGUAAUCUAGGUGCAACACGAAGUAAACUGAGUGUUAGUGUAAGAUGUCUUAUGAAGCUUAUGAAGAUGUCUCUGGGAAUAGCAAAAACUGUUCUCUUGCCUAACCUCAUUAUGUUAUAAUUUCUCAGCUGAAGUUCUGACCAACUUUCUGUUGAAGAAAUUGUGUUUAAAAAAAAAAAGUGGGCCAACAGCUCGUGUCAUACUUGGGCUGCUUGUACUUUCUGGCUGUACAGAACUGGUAUCUGUAUGGAUACUGUCUGUCUUGUAGAGGGCCUCAAGGUUGUUUCCUGCAGUGCAUGGGGAUAUAUGGUCCUGCCUCAAGUUCAAGAUGAAUUUCUUGGAAGUUGAAGAUGGAUUAGCAAGUUUCUGUAAAGCAUGGGCUGACUAAAAGUAACUCUUCUUGGGUACAAAAACUUGGAAGGUAGCUUCUCAAAACACGCACCAAAACAUGACCUAUAAAACUCACUAAUGUGCAAAGUCCUUAAAACAAGGAGUUGAAGCCUUAAAUAGAAUUAGGAGCACUGUUGAAAGGUUAGGGUGGAAAAAUACUAUUGAGGGUAGACUCAAGAUAAAGCCUUUGGCUGCUUCUUUCAAAAACUGCCAGCACAGCUGGAACAUAGUUUGGCUCUUACACUGAAGCUUAACUUUGAUUCUCACAGGUCCACAGCAAGCAAAAAGAAAACUGUUGCAGGAUACUGUGCACUCCUGCUACAGUAGAACUUCCCAAAGUGCCUCCUAGAAUGACUUUUCUUGUACAACUUCAGGCAGGUCCUGAAGGCUUGUCUUUCUGUCACCACUUAAGGGUCAAGCUUACUAGUUUAUCACUGUCACUUGGUUACUGUAUGAGAUUUUUUUGAGGCUCAAGUCAAAUUCUUCCUCCCCAGUGGUCUUAACCCUCACCUGAAGAGGUGUAUAAACCCUAAGUAGGGUGCUCUACAGAUGCUGUAUGUGACAGAAGUCUACCCCUAUUUUCAGAACAGCCUCUGAAAGACUGUCUAUAUAUAUUCCUUUUGAAGUAUAGGUGGCUGAUGUCAAAGGGUAGGUGUUGAGCUUGCUGCUUUGCAACUUCUGUGCUUCAUAAGGAGGGUUUAAAAUUCCCCAGUUCUGUAUAUAGCAGCACUAAAAACUGGCUGGUAUGUUAACAGGAAUGCUUUCAUUGAAUUGCAGUAGUAAAAUACAGAUAAGCAAGUGAUUAUGAUUUUUCUUUUGCUUAACCGGAGAAAUAGACUAGAAGGGCAGAUCUUGGAGCUACUUAAUAUGUACUGGUGCAAUGUUUAAGAAUGUUUAUUUGCUAACCCUUUUUUGUGACUAACUUCUAGCUGCCUCUGGUAGCUUAUGAGACUGAAGUGCCAGAUCAAACAAGGAUUUAAAUUUGGAGGUAAAGCAGAAAGCAAGUGGAAACCCAAUGUAUAGCUGCUGUUAGAGAUGGAAAAUGGUAGCGGUGCAACACUUACCUGGCAAGGCUGAAAGACUGCCUGUUUCUGGUAGGACCAAAGAUUUUCUAGUUGCAAGCUCUCAAGUAAUCCAUAAAGAUUGCUUCAGUAUAGCAGUGAGGCAACUAGUUUGUUGAAAUUUCCCUUAGGCUAGGAAGGCAGGGAUAUAAUCUAGAAAACAGAAAGCUAGAAAAUAGAAAACUGUAGCCAAGCGUACUUUAGCUUCAUUUCUUGAACAGUCUUGUAAGCAGCUUCAGUAGCAAAUAGAAAAAUAAUUUGAUAGCCUCUGAUUUUUAUGAAAGGCUUCCUGAGUAGUCAGUGAUACUGAAAUAUUUAAAUUUGAAAGUAAACUAACCUUUUCCUUUAACUGUCUUGGGCUUGAUAUAGGCUAUAGGCAAGGUGCUUAGAUAAGAGUGACUGUUCGGAAGGCUUUUGUCAAAUUGGCAUGCUGCCAGCGUUGUCAUAAUGUGUGUCAAACUUGGUGCAGACCUACUGCCUGGAUAUAAACCUGUACAUGAGUACCUGCCACAUGCAGGCGAUACUUGGCCUAGUAUAGAAUAUCAUUAGAAAGGAAGCUGUUUUUACCUUGAGUUUGUUGUAGUAGUAACUUCUUAAAUAGCUAUUUUCAAAGCUAACCUAAGCUAUACCCCUUGCAGAAGUAAGCCACUACCUAGAGAGACAUGUUUGAUUUGCCCAUCAAUAGCUUACACUUAUGCAUCUGUCUUGUGUGAUCUCAUGGCUGAUCUUUAGAAACUGGUUCUGUGUAUCAGCUCACAUGGAAGAAGUGAUCAAAUGCUUAAGCAAUUCCUCAAGCUUAAAACAAACUACCUUUGUUUUGCUCAUCUUUGAAUGCCUUGGCUGCUGAACAUCAGGCCAGAUGCAUCUAGUGGAAAAGGAAGUGCCAGAAGGAAGGCUCUCAGGUUCCUACUGAGAUAUAGCUACAGAGAAUUCAAGCUUUCUUGAACAGAUAUUUUGCUCUCGCUAAUGUAACUGUUGCUGAGGUCUUUAUGGAAGUCUUAUUUUGAAUGGUUACUUUCUCUAAACAGCUGACUUCCUGGGUUUUUAACCCUGCAGGACUGCUUUGUUCCCUAUCUUGCUCUUAAGUUGCUCCAGCAUAUUAGACUUAUUGAUACCUUUUAGUCUGGAUGCUCAAUGUUAAGGUCUUGAAUAACUAAACUUUAGCCUGAAGUUGCAUAUUACCUGCUGCAUUGGCACUAGCAUAGGAGGGAUUGCUGGUACAAUGUUCUACAUCGUUACCUUCAGAACAACUCUGGCCUGGUAGUUUAGUUAGAGCUGAAAUAUGAAGUAGCUUUGUGUCACUGUGUUGCCAACAGUCUAUUCCUUUUUAUUUCAAGUUGUCUUGGCAGUCUGAUGUUGCAAGUGUCAGUAGCUUAUCUGAUGUGUGCUAGUUGGUUUGAGUUCAGGCUUAUGGUGGCCCCUUUAGCAGGGUGUAACGUAAGAGUGAGCACUAGGCUAAGUUGCAAUAAUGACCCUAGCCAACACUUAGGCUGCUUGCUUGAUUAGUCUCCCUUCAGUGCUUAAUGAUGUCUCUGCAAACCUGCUCUAUCCUGUGUUGCCCAUUUCAGUAUUAAGGGGAGGUUAAAGACAGACUAUUGUACUUCAGAUAUCUGAGUACUUUCUCACUGGGCAGUAGCAACAAAAUAAAGCAGCAGUAAUACUAGAAUGCAAAUUUUGUAGCAGUUUAUCACUUGUGAGGACUAGACUUCUAGCUAAAUAGAGUGCAUAGUUUAAAAUAGCCAUUUUCUUCCUGUAGCUGGUAAGCUCUGCUGGGCUAAGCCAGUCUGAGGUUAAGCAUCUGUUGUCAAUAUUUGUCUCUAAGUUCCCUUUUCAACUUAUAACUUGAUGAUUUCACUACUGUAAGUGAAAUGAAAAUUUUUCCCUGGCUAAGGUGCUGCUAAGACUAGCAAACUAGGUUUUAGUUACUCUGGUUAAAAUUCCUAUGCUGAUCUAUGGUCAUCUGAAAAGUUGUAUGGUAAAGCAUAUGUUAUGCUCCCUCAGCUCAAAUUAAAUGUUGCUGCUUCUGUUCACAGCUUGUUCAAUCAAUCACUAAACUGGAGGCUGAAGACUACGACUGGCUUUUCUGAGUAAUCAGAAGUUUUUUAAAACCUCUUAUCUUAUUUGAACAUGAAUAUCUUGUCUACAAAACAGAAGCUAGUAUUUAAAUCUAGUCCAGAUGCCUAAACUUCUCUAAAACUUGUAUGCCAAUAGUCUGGGACUGAGUUCUGGGGUUAAGCAUUUGGUAUGUCUUAUGUGUAGACUUCAUGGGUUUCUGCUAGUCAUUAGAAUACCUAUUCAUGUUGGUAGUAUCUCUGCUUAUCACUGUAUAUUAUGAGUGCUUGGAAAGAAUUCUCUUAGAGGACUUGGACACACUGCUUCAAUUAUAAACUGUCAGUGUAUUGAGGGUACUUGUUGAAUAUUAUUCUCACUAAACAGCUCAUUGAAUCAGGGUGCCAUAAUUGUUGGGUACAGGAAUAAGCAAUAAGUUGGCCAUCUUCACUGGCAAAUCAGUCUGAUCUGGGCAUCAGGAGAGCCAAAUGGAUAGUAACACUUCUGCUCUUGGCAUCUAAGUCUUACUCAAUCAUUGCUGUCAACCAUUUAUUAAACAGUGAAGUGUAUUUAAUGUACUCUUUAAUUUGAAUGAAAAAGUUAAAGGAAGGAGGCUGGGUUAUAGUUGUAGAGGCUUUGGUGGGGGAAUGGUUGGAACACUUUCUCACUUGUAUUGGAAGAAAGGCCACUCACUGAAGUGUCUAGUUUGGGCUUGUCUUUCUUUCUGAUUAAAACUGUAAUUUGUGUUGAAAUUUAAAAGUAAUUUUCUAUAUUUACUUCUUAUCUUUUUUUAACAAUUAAAAGAAGUCAGCUUUUUGAAAAUCUCUCAUCCUUCUUCUGGAGAAAUGAAAUUUUUUUUUAAGCUGGCAGAACAAGUUACUAGAAGUAUUUGAAUUUGCAGUGAGCCCAAAUGUGAGAUUGGUCACAGUAACUUCUCUACUACUCUGCACUGUGGUGUUCACUUAUUCUUGGAAGUUGGGUUUUGGACCUCAAUGAUUCUGAAAUUCUUGUACAAAUAAAAUUAUGCUAAACACUG